AUGGCUCAAUUACUUGAUGAUGAAAAAUAUUUUAGAGAAAUAAAAUUUUUAUCGAUCAUAACAGGAAAAUGGCCUUUUCAACCGAAAAAACAAAAAUAUUUUUUCAUGUUUCUUCUUUUUAUGUUUACUGUAACCGAAGUUAUUGGUGAAAUAACUGCCAUUGUGAAAUUUUAUGAUGAUAAAGAACUUGUAUUAGAAUCCGUGUCGCCACUUAUAGUGACUGCAGCAGCGUUUUCCAUAUAUUUCAGUCAUAUAUGUAACACAAAAGCCUUCACACGUAUAUUGGUGGAAAUGAGAGAAACUUGGCGUUUUCAUUCAUCUCCGUCUGAGCAAAAAAUUCUUCGUGAAUAUUCAGACAUAGGAAAAUUAUUUGGAUCAGCAGGAACAACCUUCUUAUUCACAGCAGAACCGUUAUUUCCAAGAGUUGUAAAUUUUUUGUUUAAUAAGAAUGAAACAAUACCCAAUAGAUAUCCCGUUCCUGUAUAUUGGAUGGGAAUCGGUAUGGAUGAAAAUUAUUAUUUGCCAUUAAGUUUUUCAAUACUGUGCAUAUGGAUCAUAAUAAAUGUGGAAGUGACUGUAGAUUCUACGUUUAUCGUUAUGACGCAACACGCAGUUGCACUUUUUGCACUUACUGGGCAUAUAUUAGAAAAUAUUCCAACUGAAGAAGAUUAUCAGAGAGAACAACAGAAUAAGAAGAGUAUAUCUUUGGAUGAUCUACGACAUCAGCAUUACCUAAAAUGCAUAAAAAGUCAUAAAAGAGCAAUACAAUUUGCCAAAGAUUUAGAAACAGUUAACGUGUGGGGUUUCGGCAUAGUAAUUGCUCUCCACAUACCAAUAAUGAGUGUCACAGCAGCUCAAAUCACAACGCAAGCCCAAAAUAUUCAGCAAUUUCUUAAAUAUUCUACCUUUGCAUCUAUUCAGCUAUUUCAUUGCUUUGCUGUUUGUCUCUUCUCCCAUCAAUUGAUAACGAAUAGUACACUCAUUCAAAAAUCUGUAAUUGAAGGUUUGUGGUAUGAAUGCGAUCCUAAAAUUCAAAAGCUCCUGACACUCGUGAUAAUGAGAAGUCAACGAGAAUGUCAAUUAACUGCUGGCAAAAUGGUAUCAAUAUCAAUGGACACUUUCACAGUGAUUGUCAAAACAGCAGCGUCGUAUUUCACUAUGUUGGCACAAACCCGUCAAAGCUAAAGCUUACCUAUGUGCAGUGGAAGCGAUAAACAAUUAGUGAUCCUUAAU